GCCUUUGCCGUUGACACUCGCAACACCACACUCGCUUUUCUUCAAUCCUCUUCUGUUGCUCUCCCGUUCAUCAUCUCUCCUCGAACCUCACCUUUUCAAUCAAUCAACAGUCCAAACACAUCAAACCGCAAAUAUGUUCUCCAAGACCAUUCUCCUGUCCGCCUUUGCGGCGAUGGCUUACGCGCAGGCCGUGUCCGAGGUCCUCUACUUCACCCGCGUCAUCAACCCAGUCACCGCUGGCAUGCAGACUGCCAUCACAUUCGCGACCAACGACACGACCUCUCCCGUCACAAUUCUCCUGAAGAAGGGCCCAUCCGGCGACUUGAAGACCGUCUCUACCCUCACUGACUCUGCCACCAACGGUCAAUUCAUCUGGACACCAUCCACCAGCCUCGAGAACGGCGUCAACUACGCCCUCGAGAUCACACAAGGCACCCAGCUCAACUACUUCGGACCCUUCCAGAUUCAAGGCGCAACCGGCGAGGGCUCUUCGCCAUCCUCCUCCUCCUCCUCCAUGGGCAUGAACCCUCCCACCUACGGCAGCCACAAUGCGACCACGACCGCAUCCGGCUACCCCAGCAUGAUCACCAGCAACUCCACCAUGCCCAGCAACACCACCAUGCCCAGCAACACCACCAUGUCCCACGGCAACAGCACCAUGGCCACCACCACCUCCGCACGCCGCCCAAGCUCCACCGACGACAGCAGCAACAGCGCCAUCUACCAGGGUGGAUCAGCCACCACCGGCAAGGGCGCAGCACAGACCGGCGCCGCGACCAUGAUCGGCAGCUCAAUCGCGCUCGUGUUCGGCGCAGCGGCGGCCGUGUUGAUGGGUUAA